UGUGUAGUAACCUACAGAUUGAAUCCACAGCUACACAAACAUAUAUUUCCAUUUAUAUAUAUAUAAUAUAUAUAUAUCUAAAAAGAAAAAUGGGUAGCAAUUCAGUAGUACUACUAGAAAAUGUUAAUGAGGAUGUUGAUCUCCUCAAAUCCCAUGCCGAGGUUUACAACAAUUUGUUUGCCUUCGCAGACACCCUUGCCCUUAGAUCUGCUGUGGAGCUCCGCAUUGCGGAUAUCAUACACUCCCAUGGCCAACCAAUGAGCUUAUCCCAAAUCGCCUCGAAACUCGAGGCUCCUUCCUUAGAUAUCUCGUAUCUAGCACGUAUUAUGCGAUUGCUAGUUCGAAAGAACAUCUUCACCGUUGAUUACAAUCAAGGUGAAGGUGAAGAAGCCUUAUAUGGGCUAACCAACAGCUCAAGGUGGCUCAUACAUGACCAUGACCAAAGCCUUGCACCAAUGUUUCUGAUAUUUUCACACCAUUUAGUUGUAACGGCUUAUUACGAAAUAGGGCGUUCCAUAAAGGAAGGUGGGAUCCCUUUUGUGAAAGCUCAUGGUGAAUCAUUUUGGAAUAUGGCAUCUAAAGAUAAUGAGAUAAAUAACAUGUUUAACACUGGGAUGGCUUCUGCUACAAAACCAACUUUAAAUGCUGUUAUUAAAGGUUAUAAGGAUGGAUUUAGUAAGUUACAAGGAACUGUUGUUGAUGUUGGAGGUGGUACUGGAAACUUGAUUUCUAUGAUUGUUCAACAACACCCUCAUAUCAAAGGUAUUAACUUCGAUUUACCUCAUGUUGUUGCUAAUGCUCCUCCACACCCAGCUGUUACUCAUGUUGCUGGUGAUAUGUUCAAGGACAUUCCUUCUGCUCAUAAUGUUAUUAUCAAGUCUGUUUUACAUGAUUGGACAGACGAGGAUUGCUUGAGAAUCCUAAAGAAGAGUCAAGAAGCAGUAUUUGAGAAGAAUGGAAAAAUAAUAAUAAUAGAUGUAGUUCUUCAUCCUGAUAGACAUGAAAUGUUCGAUGAUGCAUCGAUUGGGCUUGAUCUGUUGUUGAUGACGAAUUCCGAUGGUGGCAAAGAGAGGACUGAAGUUGAGUGGAAGAAAUUGUUAAACCAAGCUGGCUUUACUCGCUUCAAUUUCAUCCCACUUCAAGCUAUUAUGUCAUUUACUAUUAUUGAGGCUUUUCUUUAAUUAUUCCCAUAAUCCAUUAAUUAUAUGGAAUUUAUCAUUUACUACGUAUGUAUUAUUGUCCACUUUAAUUUGUAUUUCUACCAUUCCAACUACUUUCAAUUCAUAAUCUAAGUUAAUAAAUUAAGCUCCUAGCUUAUUGAUGGUCAA